GGGGAUUCUGAACUUCGAAAAUCAACGAGUCAAUCUGCCAACAAAAGUCCAUAGAGUUGGCACUCGUCGUCCAUCAAUUCUCUCAACCAGCUGAUCCCAUCAAUUACCAACCGCCAACAUGUUAAAAUGGUAAGUCCCAAUCGGUUCCCCCUCUAUUGCAAAUGGCGAAUCAUCAACCAAGAAUAAUCGCUGAUAUGACCGAUCUAGGUACCAAAUGAGGCUGGCCAAGAGCCCUCUCUUGACACAGAGCAUCACAACUGCCGUCUUGUUUGCAACUGGUGAUACCAUGGCCCAGCAAUUGGUUGAGAAGAAGGGAUGGAAGAACCAUGAACUGGCACGAACAGGUCGCAUGGCAUUCUAUGGAGGAGGUAAUGAUUAUCAUCUCCCCUCAAACCCUUUUCACACCGCUAACUUUUGCUUUGCCCAGUCAUCUUUGGUCCCGCAGCCACCACCUGGUUCAAAUUCCUUCAAAACAAAGUCGUCUUCCAGAAUAAGAGAGUUGAAAUGUUUGCCCGUGUUGCAGCCGAUCAAACCGCCUUUGCUAGCACCAAUCUUUUCGUCUUCUUGAGCACCAUGGCUGUUAUGGAGGGAUCCAGUCCUAAGGCCAAGUUGGAGAGCACAUACUGGACUGCUUUGACAAAGAACUGGAUGGUCUGGCCAUUUGUCCAAGCCGUCAACUUCACAUUUGUUCCUCUCCACCACCGAGUGUUGGUUGUCAAUGUCAUUUCCUUGGGAUGGAACUGCUACUUGAGUUUCCUUAACAGCCAAGGUGGUGCAGCACCAGCUGUUAAAGCAAUCAAGGAGGCCUAAAUCUUCGUAUAUACUGGAUUUAUUCUACCUGUAUUUGAGCAUUUUCUUCUUGUGUAGAUGGGCUCUUUUCAUUGAUCCUCACAGGUCUGCUUGUGUGGAAUUGCACAGCGAUGGCGUUUGGGAGUGGAUAGAAUAACUUGGA